AUGAACGACCUGCACACGGACGCUGAGCUGCAGCAAGUCAAGACGACUGCUAAGGCCUUGCUGGACGUGGUGCUGGCAGGCGAUCGUUAUUCGAUUGUUGCAAAUUCUAAUAAUGGGUUGGAAACGCAUUGCAGUUCGUCGAUUUCUCAUUUGCAAGAGAUUGUGAAGAAUUUGAGAAUCCCCGAAGAAGGUAAAGUCCGCAGCUCUCAUCCCGAAUUGAUGAAAGCGGCCACAGAUGUCUGGAAAGCAAAUAAUAACACGAAGCAUAUUAUACAUCCGUUGGCCCGUCGGCUUGAUCCGACUGAGCAGUUGGUGAACAACUACUGGGUAUAUCUCAACGAUCGUAUCGGUGUCAUCCGAUCGUCUGCUAUAAAACCAGGAGUCCGAGAAGAAGCUGGGACGAUGAGUGCCAUCGCGAAACUGUGGAUAGAAGCUGAGCACGAUCCAGUCGUAAUCCGUCGUUUCGUCGCCUCCCGUCGUGGUCUCCUCGUCUCCUACCCGGCCGUCGUCCUCGACGAGUCCCAUGACCCAAGAACCCAACUCUGGUUCCAAAAAGCCCUAGAGAAUCCAAAACGACUGGCAAUCACCGGCCCGAUAGCCGAUCCACUACUCGGGGAUACUGUGGUCCUAUCGACAGUACUAUCGUAUGGGCACCAGGACAUGUUCGUCGUCGGGGUCGAAGUGACGCUCAACUUUCUGGAGCACGUCGUGCAAAGGACGGUUUCGGCUUGUAGCGAGGGUCGUCGCUGUCUUCUUUUCACCUCUAUCGGAAAUGUUGUAGCGCUACCUACAGAGUUGCUACACACUCUAUCGGUUGACGCUGUUGAACGGAAGGAGGAGUGCCGUUCUACUAGCGGACACACGCACCACCGAUUCCGUUUCAAUACGUCAUACAGCCGAGUGGAUACGAAAAUGUGCUCCUCUCUUCCGCCGCUCUCUCGGCCUCAGGUACAAUCCGAGGUGGUGCUCGUUCCACACACCGACGUCUUCUUGGCGCUCAUCAAUACGAGUUGCGUCAGGAGGAAGGAAGCUGGGCACUUCUGCCCCUGCUCGGUCUCCGAUCGCCGGUGCCUAUUUUGUGCUCGUUUCGACGAGAAUGAGUGCGAGUGCCCGUGUCAAUGUGGUCCCAACCGGGCUUCGGCGUGUGAUGCUGAUGCAGUACCAUACCCUCCAAAUUACGCCAAGGCCCCGCACUACUUGGAAGAGUGCCAGCCGAUCAGUUGCCCCCAAUUCCACUCGCCAUCAAGCUGCAACCUGCGCCCGGGAUCGAAUGGCCUCGACGCGCCACACGACGCACAGAACACGCCAUCUACCCCGGUAUCGUUGAUCGGAGCUUUGGUGGGAAGUGUCAUCAUCGGAUUGGCGAUCGCUAUUUUUACCUGCUACAGAAAUCGGUCCAACCGUCUCCGUGAACGCCGAAUCUGUAACAGCGACCAGGGCGGCACCCUAUUCUGUGGACGCUUCGGAACCCUCGAGCCGAACGAAGAUUUCUAUUUCGAUCACGAGGGGCUGAGCCGAGCGAUGCGGGCACUAGUUCAAACCUGCCCGGAAUCCGGA